CCACCGAGGAAACACCACCAAAUAAUUGUAACUUGGGCAGCCAUUGCAAACUUUGUGCUUCUUGCUCCGGUUUUUCGCAUCCCCAGAGCCAUUCCUUUAGUUCAAUAACCAUAAAAACUACACAGAUGAAAAGACUAUAGUUGGGACUUUAUGCUCAAGAAUCAGCAUUUAUGAAAAGUCUGAGAAAUAUAAAGAAGGACGAUCUCAAAAGUGAGAUUCAUUAAAUCCAUUGAGAUUCAAUGUAUUCACAUUUGAACACAGGAUACAAGCUGUGAAAGAUCUCACUUCAUUUGACUCUCACUUGAAAGGGGAUUGCCCUAUGUUGUUCAAGGAAGUCUGGUUUGUUGAAGUGCUGUAAAAGUUGGCUAAAACUAGCCAAUUAAAUGACUUUAUACUCCUAUUUGACAACUUGACAGUGUGGAGUCUCUUACUAAUUCAGCCACUGUUCUUGUUAUGUGUAUGAGAAAGAAAGCCAGAAAGAGCUAAAAUGAUAGAAAGAAACAAAGAGUCAAAAUUAACUGACACACAGUGGGACUGAGAAAAUAUUUGACAGAUGAAUGAUGUAAGAAACAAGACAGACAGACCGACAGAGGAAACAGGAAAGACAGAUGGACAGGAAAAAUACUGACAAACUAAUGGACAGAGAAAAUCACUGACAGAAAGACAGAUAGACAAAGAUAACUGACAGACAGUGAGAAUAGAUGGACCUAAGAAAAAUAACAGAUGGACAGAGAAAAUAACUAACAGACAGAUGUAUGGACAGACAGACAGAGAUUGCUAUUUGGUAACCAUGGAGAUCUAACGUAAAACUUUUUGACAGAUUUUGAAAAUAAACAUUUCCACCUUUCAUGUUCUGUAUGUUACUUCUGUCAAACUUUGCUUCUAUUACCAAAAACCCUGCUCUUUUUAACUUUAAAAAAACAACAAAACAACAGACAGUUUCAGCAGAAUGUAGAUUUAAAUUGAAACUCGAGUAAAAACAAAAAUAAAAACCAAAAAAUGAAACAAAACCUAAAUCUAAGAGGAUGGUAAGUAAAUGUUUUCUUAACGGUUUGCUUAAAUUUAAAUCCAGUUUAAAGAAUAAAAAUAAAAAAACCGUAAAAAAAACCUGUACCUUUAAACAUACGUAUUGUAAAUAUUUUCGAUGGGCUUCUUGUGGUAACACAGGAAACCCAUAAACUUUCAGAAAUUGGUAGGUGGUUUACAGACUGAUUGAUCGCUAUUUUUACAAUAUUAAAAGUUAUUUAUAUGGAAAUAAUGAUGGUUGCGAUGGUGAUGUCAUAUCAUUAUAUUGCAUGAAGCGUAAAUAUGUCGGUUUUAUUCACGUUUGUUUGCGAGGAUGAUAUUAGGGAUUACUGACACUCUUGGCUCCGCCCUUCUGAUGUGCAAAGUUAUAAAAGACACGCUAACAAAAGGUUAACUUCAAGUUCGUUUGAACUGCAUUAAUAUCUGAGCACUGAUUCAUUUUGUCAAGAAUCCUCGCAAUUUAGUGGCGUACUUUGCAGACUCUAUCACAUUCACUGAAAAUAUCGAGUCGUCGGUUUUUGGAUUAGUAUGGAUUUUUUAGGCCGUCCAGCCGGGUAUUUCUACCCUUAUCCUAACUAUCGCAUGGGAUUACAUCCGCUUCCAAUACCAAUAAACACUCGAUACAGAGCACCGCUUGUAACAUACCCACAAUGUACCUGCGAAUGCUACUGUGAAAAACCUUACGAUGGUGUCAGAGGUGAUUCACUGCAAAGGUACGAGAGAGCGCAUGCAAGACAAGAACUACGUGGAUUUCUAGAAAACACCUCAAAACUGAAUGAUGUUUUUCCUUCAACUAAACCGGGCCGCCGUAACCGCACGACAUACAAACGAUGGCAGAUAGACGAACUUGAACGGGCGUUCCUUCUAAAUCCCUAUCCGACCAGCGUAUUCAAGAAAACACUGGCGGUAAGACUGGGACUUAGAGACUCACGUGUUCAGGUUUGGUUUCAAAAUAGAAGAGCGAGAAUGAGAAGAGAAGAUAAAAUAAAGUCURCUCCUGGACGAAGGAAAAAAAGCGAAACAGAAAAGUCUAACAGGGCUUUUUUCUUCUCACACUUGAACCAAGCAAAGAAAACUAACUCUACAAAGAAAACGAAAAAUCAUUCUCUUACCUUAAACACCAGAAGAACUGAACCUUCACGAAGUAAAUCUUUCAGCAUUGAAAGCAUCCUCGCUCGUAAAGAUCCUCCAAAACAACAACUGUCAUCUGUAGAUAUCCUUUCAAACUUGGUGAAUGAAAUCCCUAUUGACGACAGCGACAGCGAAGAUGAAAAUUUUGAACAAACUUGUUCCUCAGCAAGUUUGAUGACUUCUUCACCAUAUUCCUGCUCGCAGAACAGUGCAAUCGAAUCGCAGAUGAACAUUUCUACAUCUGGGCAAAGAAAUCCUAACUCAGUAACUUGUUGCACAAGUUCGAACAACACACCAGUUUGUCAUGUCAGAGAAAGUUCCAGAAACAUUAUUAGUUCUACUGGUACUCUUUCUAGAGACAAAAGUUACGGCAAUACUACUGAAUUACAAAGUUCUAAGUCAACUGAAAGACUACAGAAUGUUUUUGAGAGGACAAAUGUGGGAGAUUCCUUCGAAAGAAGAGUUUCCCGCCAAAACGAGAGUUCUGUGCCGCCUUCUCUUAUCUUUGUCACUAGCAGGUCACGCGCGCGCGAAGAAAUUUCAAAAAGGGCGGGAAACCACUCCAACCACGAUUGUGCUCCGAUAUACGAAGAUAUUCAAUCAAAAAGACAUUCUAAUAUCCCAGAACACUCAGAGAAAUCUUCGAGACCUAAUGAAAGAGGAAAUAGCUCAAGAAUUCGGGAAUUAUCUAGGAUUCCUGUACAAGAAAGAGCUUCAGUCAUCUGCCCCACACAACCCAAUUCGUUCAGCGAUAAUUUUUUAACUGAGCAAUCUCACAGUUUAGUUGUAAAUUAUGAUCGAAAUGGAACUGACAUAGAAGUUAAUAAUCAUUUUCUACGAUCCUCGAGGAAUUCUUACGCGGAAAUGAGAGAGGGAGACAGCAUUAAUGACACUCCUGUGGUUUCAGCAACGUCAACGUUUCAUUGUGAAAAACAGUGCAACGAUUUUGAAACUUUUCGUAGGACAAGUAUACUUACUCUUCGGAACCGCGCAGAAAAACAUGCUAGGCGGUUGAAUGUAUGCUCGUAGUUUUUUCCUAAAAAGUUUUUUUUGUUUGUAAAAAAUAAAUACGACAGAUCAUUUUA